CAGAAGUUGGCUGUUGUUUAAAGGGUGUGUCACAUAUUUUGACUUUUGAAAAUUUGAAAAUUCAAGAUGUAAGCAUGAGUACCAGCACAAUUUUCAUCAAACGCCCCUUAAAUUACUGUAGGAGUUUAGCAGUGGUGAAGGAAAAAUACAAAGAGUAUUCGCCGGUUUUAUCUGCUAUCAUGUGGACAGUGUCUGGACUGUACGCUGCUGCCCAAAGUAACUUUAACAGCAAUAUUACAGGGAUUACUUUGUCUUUUCCCGUAUCUCAAAUCUUAAUAAUGCUAAUCGUUUCCGCUAUGCUUUGCAAAGGUUUAGCUACAAACAACAUCAUGCUGGUACUCCCUUGGCUUAGUGUAACAACUUAUGCUUUGUAUUUCAACCACUACCUAGGACUACUUCAAACAUUAACAACAGUGUUGCGCAUAAAGAAAUUGUCUUGGCUGCCCUGGUUCAACUUAUUUCUGAACAUUUUGCUACUGGUGAUACGAGUAACUCUCACAAUAAGGGUACUUCAACUAUGUAUACACUUAUGGUUUAAAAAGAAACUAAAGGAAAUGAAGCAACACUCGUUUUGAAAAAAUAAUUUAUUCUUUA